CAUACAGCAAACACUUAAUAGUUGUAAGAGAAAGGGAACACGUUGUGGGCCUUAGACACUAUGCCACAAAGAAUCUGAUCUGUCAGUCAGUCUUGAGUCUUCUAUCCAAUAACAUUUAAUUUUAAACAAAUUAUUUUAUUUUUUUUAUAAUUUAUUCAUUAUUUUAAUUUAUUCUUUUAUCGUUUAAUAAAAUCCCGUCAAGUGUAAACAUGUUCGUUAUCGUUGAAAUAAAUCGGAGUAACUGAAGAUCAUCGACCGCUCAAUAAUUAACCUCAGGGAAUAACAAAGAUCCGACACAAUAAACAAUAAAUACAAGCCAUGGAAGUAUUGAUGAACGAAGCCUCCAACAUACCGCAAAUUUCCGGUCAUGCUGGUGACCCGCAAUCAAAAACUGGUAAAUACAAUCCGGAUAAUUCCAAUCAGGAAUUAUCUUUACGGAAGACAGUAAAAGAGCACGAGGCAGCUGACAUUUCUUUCGAAGAUCUUCGUUACAAGGUUUCCAUCGGAUUCCGUCGGGGAACUAAAGAAAUUCUACAUGGAAUACACGGAAGAUUACCAGCAAAACAACUUAUCGCUAUCAUGGGUCCAUCUGGAGCUGGAAAAUCGACGUUGCUUGACAUUCUCUCCGGCUACAGAUUAACCGGAAUUCAAGGAACUAUUAAAGUUAAUGGCGAGGUUCGUGAUAUUGAUACAUUUAGAAGAACCAGUGCGUAUAUCACUCAAGAUGACCGGCUCCAACCGUUACUAACUGUCUCGGAAAAUAUGUGGGUCGCUGCAGACUUAAAAUUAGGAACUAAUAUUUCCAAGCAGACAAAAUUAUCAAUUAUUAAAGAAACAUUAAUUACACUCGGAUUAAGUGAGCAUGUUAACACAAGAUCAGACAGAUUGAGCGGUGGUCAAAAGAAAAGAUUAUCAAUAGCAUUGGAAUUAGUUAACGAUCCCACUGUUAUGUUUUUAGAUGAACCUACGACAGGCUUAGACAGCUCAACUUGUACGCAAGUAGUAAAUUUAUUAAAAGUCUUAGCGAGACAAAAUCGAACGAUUGUUUGUACCAUUCAUCAACCGAGCGCUUCACUAUUCCAGCUUUUUGAUCAUGUACUGAUACUAGCUAAAGGUACGUGCUUGUACCAAGGAGCAACAGGUCAAUUAAUUCCCUUUCUGGAGAGCGUUAAGCUUCCAUGUCCAAUGUAUCAUAAUCCGGCGGAUUACGCGAUUGAAUUGGCUUGCGGUGAAUACGGGGAUGAUAAAAUUGAAACUCUGAUACAUGCCACGCAAAAUGGAAAAAGUUCUCAGUGGUUCGGCAACGCGAUCCCGGUUGAAGAUUUCAAAAAAAACGCAAAUGGCAUGAAAAGUGACAAGAGAUAUAGAAUUACUAAAAGAAAACCAUCUUUGCAAGCGACCUCGCAGAUGCAUCAACUGAAAGUUCUUCUUUAUCGCGGAUACAUCAAGUGCAAACGUGACGCUACUUUGACACAUCUGCGUAUUAUCGUAAAUAUUGUUACUGGAAUAAUGCUGGGGAUGUUAUUUAUUCAAUCUGGUAAUGAAGGCUCGAGAGUAUUGGAGAAUUAUAAUCUUCUUUUUGCUAUUUUAAUUCAUCAUAUGAUGACUUCGAUGAUGUUAACUAUUCUUACAUUUCCCACAGAAAUAAAUAUUCUAAAAAAGGAACAUUUCAACAGAUGGUAUACUUUAAAAAUGUUUUAUUUAUCAAUAACAAUUAUUGAUAUUCCCGUGACAUUUUUAUGCUGCCUACUAUUUUCUAUAAUUAUUUACUUAAUGUCUGGACAAUUGUUAGAGAUCGAAAGGUUCUCCAUGUUUUUUCUUAUCAGCAUAAUGGUUGUUUUUGUUGCUCAAAGCUUUGGUCUUAUGAUCGGAGCUGUUUUUAAUGUUGUUAAUGGUACAUUUGCUGGACCAACGUUGUCAGUGCCCAUGAUGAUGUUCGCUGGAUUCGGUGUGUCUUUACGCGACCUGCCGCGUUAUUUAAAAUGGGGUAGUUACGUAAGUUACCUACGCUUUGGUCUCGAAGGCUACGUCGCCGCAAUAUAUGGACUCAAUAGGCAGGAUCUUGAGUGCGUUGAAGUUUACUGUCACUACAAAAAACCUAAAAUAUUUUUAAAAGACGUUGCAAUGAGAGAAGAUCAAUUUUUAAACGACGUUAUUGCCCUCUUAGUAAUGCUUAUAGCCACUCGUACUUUAGCUUACUAUCUUCUUAGAUGGAAAUUAAAAGCUUCCCGAUAAACUGGCACUUAUAAAUAAUUAGCGAUAUUUAUAUUAAAUUAAUUUCUUAUUAAUCAAUAAUUAAAAAAGAAAUGAAUUACCUCAAUUUAAGUCAUGAGUUUUUAAAAAAUUCGUGAACAAGAUACUCAUAAAUAACUUUAUGGAAAAUGAUGAUUUAUUUUUUUUAAGUAUUAAUGAAUUUUUGUUUUAAAAAAAUUUUUAUCUUAUAAAUAUGUAUAAAUAAUAAAUAAGAUUGUAUAAAAUAUA